AAGAUGGAUAGCACAGAUGAACCUCAGAAAAAAGUCUUCAAAGCACGAAAGACAAUGAGAGCAAGUGAUCGGCAACAGCUUGAAGUCGUCUAUAAGGUUAAAGAGGAACUGUUAAAGACAACUGAAGUUAAAUUGUUAAAUGGAAAGCAUGAGAAUGGAGAUUCUGAUUUAAAUUCCCCUUUAAGCAGUACAGACUGUACUGAGGACAAGAGGGAAGUUAAUGGCGUAGUGGACUUGCGUGUUAACUCUGAAGAAGAAAAACCAGUUUCUGAUGAAAUUAGUGAGGCCAAAAGUCCUGAAAAUAGGGCAGGGAACACAGUCAGUGACAUAGAAUCCAAACCCCUAACGCUGUCUCCAGAGAAUGUUACUCCCAAGCAAGAUAAAGACACUGAGACUGAUAAAAGUACUUUAGCUUGUGAGAUUAAAAAUGAAGUGUGUGAUAGCAAUAAAGAUAAUUUCCAUGAAGAAAAUAAUACAAAAGAUCAUUUGGACCAAAGAGAGAGUGAUGUCCCAUCAGAAGGUGAAAGUAAAUCAAUCUGUAAUACUAGUGACCCUUCAGAAGAGAAGGAAGAAACAAAUGACUCAAUUAUUAAUUCUAGUACCUCAGAUGAGGAAAAGAGAGCUGAAAGAGUAACUGCUGAAGGUGAUGUUGGAGAAGAGGCCAUCUCUAGCAGUGUGGAAGCUGAUCAGGAACCAAAGGACGACAAACAAGACAGCACUGCAGAUCUUUUAGAUAGCACUGUUCAGAAGACAGAAAAGCCAAAUGAAAGUAUCUUGGACACUACUGACUCUAUGGAAACAGAUGAAAUUAUUCCAAUUUUGGAAAAACUAGCACCUGCUGAAGAUGAGCUGAGCUGUUUUUCAAAAGGUCCUCUACUUCCAGUGGAUGACACAGUCCCUGAUUUAGAAGAGAAAAUGGACAGCUGCUUGAGUUCACCAUCCAAGCAGGAAAGCAAUGAAAAUCUGCCCAAAGAGGCUUUCUUAGUACUGUCUGAUGAAGAGGAACCCUGUGAUGAGAAGGAGGAAUGUGCUGAAGUGAUGCCACCAAAUGAGCCAAGUCUUCCAGAAGAGGUGAAGGAGUGGAAAAAGGAGAGUGAGAAGGUUAAAGGAGAGCCCCAGGAACAAGAGGAGAAAUACACAGAGAAAAGUGAAGUGUCAAGGAGAAAACGUUCCAAAUCUGAGGACAUGGACAAUGUUCAUUCUAAACGCCGUCGGUACAUCGAAGAAGAUUAUGAAGCAGAACUCCAAGUGAAAAUUACAGCCAGAAAAGAUGUUGACCAAAAAAUAGAAAAGAUUAUACAGAGACUGUUAGAAGAAAAACUUGCUGCUUUGCAGUGUGCUGUAUUUGACAAGACUCUGGAAGACUUGAAAACACGAAUAGAGAAAGUAGAAUGUAACAAGAGGCAUAAAACUGUGCUUACUGAACUAAAGGCUAAAAUUGCCAGAUUGACAAAGCGGUUUGGAGCAGCCAGGGAAGACUUGAAGAAAAGGCAGGAAAAUGCACAGAGUGCACCCCUGUCUCCAGGGAAAGCAGCAAGUGAUACUGUGAACACAACCAACACAACAUAUCGAAGUGCUGGCACAGUGAGGCAGAUACUGGAGUCAAAGAGGAAUGUAGGAGAGAGCACACCAGCAACUUUUCAGGCCCCUGUGAAUACAGCUCCCAGUCUUGCAGCUUCUUCAGCAGUUGUCAGUGCACAGCCUAAGCCUCAAACUCCAAUGACCUCCACCAGCUCCUUGACAACAGCAGUCCUUCCCACAGCUAACACAGCUGCAGUUGUAGGCGCUAGCCAAGUGCCUAGUGGCAGCGCUCAGUCAGUGUCUGUCUCGUUGCAGUCUUUGCCUGUAAUUUUGCACGUACCUGUUGCAGUGUCCUCCCAGCCUCAGCUUCUUCAAGGCCAUCCAGGCACAUUGGUCCCUAACCAGCAGGCAGGCAGCGUUGAAUUUAUAUCCGUACAAAGCUCGUCUACGAUUGGUAGCCUUAGCAAAACUACAGUGUCUUUGGCAUCAACUAAACCAAAUAACAGCACGUGUGUGCCCAGUCCUGGUACUCAGAGGAACUCUCCAGCUGCAUCAAUAGGCACAACAUUGGCAGUGCAGGCUGUUUCUACUGCGCAUCCUGUUGUCCAGACCACAAGGACUUCUUUACCCACAGUGGGUACUUCAGGACUUUAUAAUGCUACCAGCAAUCGAGCACCCCUACAGAUGAAGAUUCCCCUCUCUGCGUUUAGUAACCCAGCUCCUGUGGAACCACCCGUCAGUACAGCGCUUAGAAUCGAAAACCAGACAAGCAAGCCACCGACAGAUACUUCAUCAGCUUCAGCAAACAAGCGAACAGCUGAGGGAGCAACACAGCACUCAGAUCAAAAAGUAGUGCGCUUUGUGCCGUAUACCUGUGGCAUAUUUGAUGGUACAACUUUGAUCAAUUGUUUCGAAAAGCAGUUGAAACAGGAAGAGGCUUCAUCAGAAAAUAAAGCAGCAGUAGAAGCAGCAGAGACGAAUUUUAACUUCCCCGAGGAUGUCCUCUUUGGCUUGGAGGAAGAGGAAGAGGAUGCUAAGAGCAUCAAAAACACCCACAAGCAAACUGGCUGGGCAGCUAACCUAUUAAAACAAUGGCUGGCCAAAAAUGGCAAGGAUCCUAGCUUUGAAUUGGUGCCAAGCGGGAAGGUCACAGGAACUGAUUCAGGAGGCGUCAUUGAUCUUACCCUGGAUGAAGAGGAUGAGAACUCUUUGCAAGCAGAUACCAAGAAGCAGAACCAGACCCAGACAGCUGUAACAGGGCUGAGCGUAUCUACCCAGCCCUUGGCUCGACCCGCACAGCCUUCGCAGCCAGCCCCUGUGCAGCAGACAGGUGUGCCAACAAGUGGACCUUCCCAAGCCACCUUACAUGUGUUACCUGCAGCUUCAACAACAGUGAAUGUAACUCAUCGGCCAGUGACUCAAACUGCUGCAAAACUUCCUAUACCAAGAGCCCCUACUAACCACCAGGUGGUCUACACCACCCUUCCUGCACCACCAGCUCAGAACCCUGUAAGAGGAGCUCUCAUGCCAAGCCCAGGUUUAAGGCCGGUGAACCCGCAGGCUGGAGGUAUGACAGUGCGGAUGCCUCAGACGGCUGCGUACGUCGUGAACAACGGACUGACCCUGGGGUCUGGAGCGCCUCAGCUCACGGUGCACCAUCGGCCGCCUCAAGUGCACGCUGAGCCGCCGCGCCCUGUCCAUCCUGCCCCGCUCCCGGAGGCGCCGCAGCCCUCGCGUCUGCCCCCGGAAGCUGCCAACACUUCUCUGCCUCAGAAGCCACAGCUGAAGCUGGCCCGGGUGCAGAGCCAGAACGGGAUUGUGCUGUCCUGGAGCGUCAUGGAGGUAGACCGGAGCUGUGCCACUGUGGACAGUUACCAUCUUUAUGCCUACCACGAGGACCCCAGUGCCACUAUGCCCUCGCAGUGGAAGAAGAUCGGGGAGGUGAAGGCCCUGCCGCUCCCCAUGGCAUGCACUCUUACACAGUUUGUGUCUGGCAGCAAAUACUACUUUGCAGUCCGGGCUAAGGACAUCUACGGGCGUUUUGGACCCUUCUGUGACCCCCAGUCCACAGAUGUGAUCUCUUCCCAGAGCAGUUAAACUUGAGAUCUUUGGAGCCUUUAACCUGUCCUACUACCAAGAAUCACCCCAGUUUUGGAGGGUUGAUCCCAUGCAUGAAAUUCACUUUUAAAUCCACUUUCUGCAGGAUUAUUUUAGACAGUUGUGUCAUACACUACAUGCAUUCAGAACCAAAAAAAAAAGAGGGUAAAAAAUGAAGUCUCCCCUGCAGCAAGAGAGCCUGCUUGUUCUGGGGAGGGCAAGUCAUGGGCCCUUUGAAAACGUCAUCUUCCCUUCCAUGACAGCUGUUCCACCUACCUAAUGUUUACCCAAGGGCAGCCUGGAUGCCUGGGAUUCUGCUUCAGAGCAGGAGCGGAACAGUAAACGGAGCCAAGCGUGCACGUCUGUGACACCUGUCGAGGCACUGAACGCGAGGGCAAGAGCGCAAGGACAGGUUUGAUUCUUGCCCCCGGCUCCGUGAGCAGGCAUGGUGCGCAGGGUGGUCUGAGGUCUCGCCUCUCUACUGGAAGACUGAGUGGUCUGGUGUUACUCUACAAACCAUAAUGAGCUCUCUGAAGGGAGGGAAGGGAACUUGAGUCUGGCCAGGGAACCUACGUGUGUAUGUCUGGAGGUGGUGGGAAAACACCCACAACAAUACAACAAACCACCCCACUACCUCCUACCUCUCCUAAAUGAGAACACUCCUCUGCUUCUACCAUCCUCCCUGACUCACACUGGGAGUGUUCCCAGGUCAGAUCUGAAAAUGAAUUGUAGAGAUUGCAUUUGCACCUGGCUGGCACAGAUAACUCCUCUGCCCCUCCCCUCAUACAUCCAGCCCUAUUUUUUAGAUUUAUUUUGUGCCUUAAAGAAUAAUUUCAGAAAUAAAUGUAGCCAGAUACCUUGUGGUGUUCUUCUGUUUGCUUGGAGUUCUUUUUCCCUUUUCCUUCCUAGCCUGUCAUUAAUGGUUCUCCUGUUUCCUGGCCCAAAGUAGUUAUUAUUUCUGUAAAGACCAGGAAGUGGAACAUGUGCUGAUGGUGGAUUCAUUUUUAUCUGCACUAUCAUUCAUCCCUUUCCUCACUGUAUUCUUGAGUAGUUGGGUUUGUCCUGUCAAGAACAUUAUACAGACAGUAUUUCCCACCAGAGCCUUUCCCUGUUCUUGUGGGAAAGCAGUAUGCUGCAGUUCAGCCAAAGAAGAAACCUCUGUGGUGUGGCACCGUGAAAGCUUCUAGUUGUUUGCACUCGGUUUGGAUGUGCAGUUGGUGCAAAAAGAGAGAGUUGGCUUGCCAGUCCUCUUCUCCAUCCCAGUCACCUGCUUGCCUCUGCAGAAAGCUGAGGCACCCAACACCACUUAAAAGCAGUUUCAGUUACUGGCCUAAAGUUUGUGAGCAAGUGCAAAUGUUCAUAGAUGCUUUCAUGGUGCUUCUGAGCUGAGAAAAGAAAUGGGUACCUCUGGCCCCGUUUCAUUCCCACGUUGUGUUUGCCUUCUGCAGACCCACAUCGUACAAGAAAGUGUCUGUCAGGUUUGGCACUUUGCAGACAAGGACAGCACUCACAUUCUGCCCUGCAGAGCCAAACAGUGCAUUUAUAGAAGAGAAAAGAGUCCACCUUCACCAUGGGGGUUCUGUAAAGCUGUAGCAGAUAACAUUGUGGUGUGGUUUGGGGUUUGUUUUGGUUUUUUUCAGUGCUCUCUCAACAUUUUAAAGACUGAAAGGGCAGGCAGCAUGGAAUGGCUGAUGAAAUGUGCUGUGAGCCAGCUCUUUAGUUGUGUUCCCUCGGAGGGAGAACUUGGAUCAGUUAAAGCAACGGCAGCGCCGCAGGGUCUCCUCUGUGCUGUUUUACUGUUGAGAUUGUCACUUCUGUCAGGUCGCUAGCAAAUAUUUUCUGUAUGGAAACUUGCAUUUGAGGGGCAACAGUUUCAUUGAUUUGGGUGGGCAAAACUGUAAAUCCAGGGAGGGGAAGAGAAGGUUUCCCACCGAAGCUUGUAUGCAAACAGUGUCACCUUUCACUAGCACUUGUUUCUGGUGCCAGUAAUCAACAAUGCCUUGAAUUUUUCUAUGCUUAACUGAUGUUUUGUCUGCCUGGUUCAAGGAAUGAUUACUUAACAAUGUGUUUGGUCUACUUACAGAAAGUUGAGCCCUUAUCAAGCCAGUUCUGUAGUAAAGGUUAGAGCAGUUCAUUCCAGUUGACAGCUGUCAAAUCCUCCUUGGGCAAGUUUUUUUUCUUCUCAUGUAUCUUUGAGGUGGUACCAAAGGGCCAUUGGCCACAUCAGUACAAUGAGGUUUUAUAGUUUGAAAGUUAAAAUAAACAUUCAAAUACAACCUAGAACUUAUGCUGCUUAUUUAAUAGUGAAUCCUGCCCAGGCUACACAGUCUGCUUGUGUUCAGGUCAUGAUUUGUUCUUAGCUUUGCCUUCCUUGGGAUAGGUGGGGAGUGAGAGUCCUGCAUGAGAAUCUUGUUCUGGCCUCCAAGGGAGGCAUUAUUAGGGAUGGUCUGGUGGUGUGUUUGGAGGGUUUGUGGGCUGGGUCUGUGGAGAAAGACUUUUGUUUUCUGGGCUGCAGUGAUCAUGCACUAAUGCAGUUCACUGCCCUAAGGGGUAUGAAGUCCUUGAGAAGCAUAGUUAGGAGCUUACAUUUUAGGAAAGCAACAUUCCAGCUCUUCAAGGAGUUAGUAAAUAGGACCCUGUGGGAAGCGGCCCUCAGGGGCAAGGGAGCAGAACAGAGCUGGCAGAUCUUUAAGGAUGCUCCCUAUAGAGCACAAAAGAUCUCUAUCCCCACGUGUAAGAAAUGAGGCAAGGAAGGCAAGAGACCACAAUGGCUGAGUCCUGACCCGCUGGUCAAACUAAAGGGCAAGUUUGGGCUACACAGGAAAUGGAAGGAGGGACACAGGA